GAUGGGGGACGUGGGACGCCGAAACCGCAAAGGCCGUGAAACGGUAAAGCACCGGAUUAACACAGCUGCCAGUUCUCACACUCUCGCAUGCCACGGCAGUUAAUAUCUUAAUCUGAUCGGCGGGAUAUUGUGAUUUUGGAGAAUUGUGCGUAAAGGUGCGUCAACAGCGGACAACGAAAGUGUUGCGUAUGAUGACAAACAGUCCCAGCCAGUGUGUUGGUACACGGCCUGAUCAAAAAGCAUGGGGCUCAGGCUCAAUGGCAAGGGCCAGCAGAGCCACAGAAUGGUGAUCUUCUUGGCCAUCUUCAUCCUUAUGACACUCCUCUUCCUGUACGGCUCCAACAAUGGCAACGAUGCUGUCUACGCUCCCUUCCACGUGGCUACAAAUCACCCUCUCAAGAACACAGACCUGAAGAAGUGGGGCGGGAAAGACGGUUAUGUGCCAUUUUAUGGGAACAAGAGUAUGACCCUGCACUGUCACAACUGUGCACUGGUGACGAGCUCCAGCCAUGUCCUGGGGACUCAAGCAGGAGAAGAGAUCGACCAUACGGAGUGUGUGAUUCGCAUGAAUGAUGCCCCAACGUUGGGGUACGAGACAGAUGUAGGGAGCCGGACUUCUCUCAGGGUUGUGGCCCACUCCAGUGUGUUCAGGGUGGUCCGAAGGCCUAAUGAGUUCCUGCACCGCACGGACAACAACCCUGUGAUUAUCUUCUGGGGACCCCCAAACAAGAUUGGGAAGGAUGCCAAAGGAACUUUGUACAGACUGAUCCAGAGAGUCAGCAUGACCUACAGUAACUUCUCUUUUUUCAGUAUCACAUCAAGCAAGAUGCGCAGGUUUGACAGUCUCUUUCAUAAGGAGACCGGGCGUGAUAGACAAAAAUCUCAUUCAUGGUUGAGCACAGGCUGGUUCACAAUGGUCAUAGCCAUUGAGAUAUGUGAUAACAUCAAAGUAUAUGGGAUGGUUCCACCCAAUCACUGCGGGAAAAAACCCGGAUCCAAGAAGAUGCCCUAUCACUACUACAAACCCAGGGGGGUUGAUGAAUGUGUAACAUACAUACAGAACGAGGGCAGCCGAAGAGGAAACCACCAUCGCUUUAUUACAGAGAAGCAGGUGUUUGCACGCUGGGCAAAGCAGUACAACAUCACCUUCACUAAUCCCAAAUGGUCAAAAGACUGAAAACCUCAAAAGAGAUCUCUCUGCACUCACAGAAGCCUGAGCCACUACUAUGGACUGAAUUUCAUUGUUAACUUCCUCGAUUGAGCCUUUAAAUAGCCACAUGAUGAAUGAGUUUUUGAAAAAAAAAAAAAACUAUUGUUAGACCACAUGACUGAGGAGAAGUAUGGGAAUGUUUUCCGUUGCAGAAAAAUGCUGAAACUUAUUUUUGAGAGCUUUCUGAAAUACGCUGUGCACCUUCCACGUUGACAUGUGGCAGCCGUCUGAUAAGUGUUUUUGUAAAUAGAAAAGAAAAUGAAUUUAAAGAUGAAUUUUUACAUGUUUAUAUAGUUUUGUUAUGUAUUGAAAAUGCACUCAUGUUUCCCAUGUUGAAGGGGGAUAUAUCAGCAAGUAUUCUAAACAGAUAUGUGACUAAGUGGCCAACAAAAUACACUCUAUAUAUCUCUUACUAGUCCAUUAUACAUAGAUUAUAUUCUAUUGUAAUUGCAGUGACAUUCAGCAGAUCACUAAUUCUAUCUAUAUAGCUUAUGUCUUAUAGGCAAUGUGGCCGGGUACCAUUUUUUUAUGAAACCAGCUCCUGAAUCGAUACCAAAAAAGAACUUUCUUUACAUCUUUAGCUUGAAUAUAAGCAUUUCUACAUAUAUUUAAAAUAUAAGCCGAACAAAUCAUUAAAACAGCAUCUGUACAUCGACGAAUGAUUAAAUCAUUAUGUGAUUUAAAUCAGGAAAUAGACUAUUAAUAAGCUAACACGACUAACAAUCUGACCAAGGAUUCAAUAUCUGCUUAUGAUUUUAUGUUUUCAUACUUGGUGCUACAGACACAUUUCAGAAAGUAUUAUGGCUUUAAACCCAGCCACGUUAACAGAUGUCAAUAUCAUUUGAUAACAAUGAUACAUAGGCACCUUAAGUUUGAGGGACUUCAUCAGUGAGAAACAAUUACACUGCUAUUCAUACAUUAAUUACUCAUUUGUCAGACAUAUUCAGAUUCCAGAAAUGAUGUGGUAACAAAUGUAUUCUAGAGAUGUAGACUGUACUUUUCUGUUCAUUUCAAACAUGAGGACAUAACACUAAUUUGAUGAUCGGUACUUCAUAACAUUUUUGCUGCCCUAGAUGUUGACUUUAAUGUUUUUGUUUUUGGGAUUAGACUGAAUUAGACUAUGAACAUAAAACUGUUGCCUCAUAAUUUAAACCUUUUUACUAGGGGUGUAACGAUUCUCCAGAUCCACGGUUCGGUUCAGACCUCCAUUUUCUUUUUCUUUUGUGUUCUUUUUUUUGGGGGGGAAUAACCUAAAUGUUCCACACUGCUGACUUGAAUGUGUCUGGGAAGGGGGUCUGCCGUCUCAGGGUUAUUAUCCAUCUUGAGCUAAUUAAACUAACCUAAAUUUUACUGCAGGCGUGAUGAUUGGACCAAAACAGUCCCGUGACACGCAGCUGGAAGACAAUAAUGUAAUGUAAUGUGUAAUAUUGACAAAAUAUACAGCCUGACCUGACUUUAAGUACAAUAAUUUUAUGGUUUACAUGUUGUGGUGUUGUGAAAUGAAAAAUGAG